GUCAUCAGCGUGAGUACAAGCGGCAGCUUUUUACAACUGCAUCUGUAACAUUAUCCAAAAGAACCGAACUUUGCGCACCAUAAGUGCUAAUGUGGAAAAACCCUAUCAGGUAACUCUUUUCCCCGCCACAAGCAAUGCUCCAGAGUGACUCCAGCCCAGUAGACAGCGUAAAUCCACCAUAAACUGGCUUGGAAACCAGUUUUAACCAUAGAAGAAGACACAGAAGUUCGGUUGUUCAGGACAGCGGCUGUAAUGUUUACCUGAUGUGUGUUUUAAAAGUGAACAUGCCGUCGUGUUCAGCCUACAAAUGCACUAAUCGCUACUCGCGAGGCUCCAGUGUCAAGUUUCAUCGAUUCCCUUUAGGUGAUAGCAGUAGGCUUCAGCGCUGGCUGGUGAACCUCCGAUGGGACAACUGGAAGCCAACUCCAUUUUCCCGUAUAUGUUCCCUGCACUUUGAAGAGAACUGUUUCUUCACAAACGGGCAAGGCCAAGUGCGCCUCACUAAAACUGCUGUGCCCACCAUCUUUUCAUUCCCUGAGCAUUUGCAAAAGAAGGUACGAUGCACUAGGGUAAGACAGACGAGUUUGGAAAGGACUCCACCAGUUAGCACAGAAGCAAGAGGACGCAAUGAUCCACGUCAUGGAUUUAGUUUAGAUCAUACAUAUAGUUAUACAUAUAGUUAUGCAUAUAACGAGGACUCCUACUGCAAAAAAGAUUGCACUGAAACUGUGGAAUUUGAUAAAGAGGAAGUUGUUUUGGAGCCUGACAUGGUUGAUGGGAGCAGCACCUCUGUGAUUUACCCCAGCGAACAAUGUGGCAUUUCAGUUAGCCGCAAACCUUCAGUUUGUUCUUACACGAAUCGUAACUGCACAGUGGAUGAAUCGCCAGAGACCCUGAAGCGCAUUCUGGCCUUGACCCAGGAGAAGCUUAAAGCUUGCAGGAAACGGUUGAAAAUGCGUGGUGCCCAGAUUAGACGGUUAAAGAAAAAGGUGUCUUUACUCUCCUCUAACCGGCACUCCAGAAGCGAAAGAGAAAUGCUUUGCAGCUGAAAGGAUCUGGAUUGUGGACUCCAGUCUAAUCCAACAUACAGAGCAAAGAGAUGUUCAAAACCCUUGGCUUGAACCUUCAAACCAGGCCAUUUUAUCCAAGACCGGACAAAUCUCACACAUCUUGGAAUGCUGUUUUCACCUUGGACUUUCAAGGGAGGGGGUGUAUUAGAGACUGGGACUGGGACCACCAUACCUGGUUGUGCACUGGGAGGUCUCUCAAGCAUCCACAAGCUGUUCACCUUUAAAGCUGCUCUUGAGGGCAUUGGAUGUCCUGAAGGUGGUAUUGUCACUGACUAAAUCUUGUUUACAUCUUAAUAUAGAAAAGAGAUGGAGCCCUGUGCCUGAAGUUCUGAAAGAAUUCCAAGAUUUGAGAAUAAUAAUAAUGACCACAGAAACAGUGAUAUUGUUUAUGCCAUGAUUUUUCUUCAUUCAACAUACCAUACAUGCAGUCCCGGCACCAUGGGCGGGCAUUGGGGGGCCUGGCCCUCCCUGUGAGUCACUAGUGCCCGCCCUGGACGAUCCUGUCUCCCUUCAUCAACUCUACGUCACGUCUCACAUCUCAUUUCAUCGCGAUCUCACAAAGCUCUUUUAUUAUGCAGCAUGCAGAAUUCAGCACUGAACAAAAACUCCAACGUUUUGAACGGUGAAUGGAUUUUAUCUGAAAUGCAUCUGAUUGGCCAUUGCGUUUUAGAAAUCAACACAUAUGUCUGUGAUUGGCUACAUUGCACAAUGCUGCAAAAACACGUUAUAAUGAGAACAUCUAGGCUACUUAUGCUUGCGACUGUAAAUCGUUAUUUUGUUUAGAUGUUCUUAUUGAUUUUGUGCAAUAGAUGAAUAACAAUGUAUUUGUUUUAGGAUGUUUUAUUUAGAUAGGGAGUCCCUCGAAUCGUUUUAUUCUCCCGCAACCCAUUACCGCCGUGCCCGCACUCGACCAUCAAAUCGAGUCGACCAACCACCAGUCCUUGCUUCUUGUUUGCACUUUUAUUUAUAUAUUUUUAUCAAUAGGCUACUGUAACUUUCGUUACAAGUUGGUAAGUUGUCGUUUUGUAUAUACAUGAUGAAUAA